UUGAUGCCCGACGGCUUGCCGAAAAGUCUGCGAAACAAUUUCAAAAUUUCAGUCUCCAAAGGGAAAUCGAAAUAGAAAUCCAGUGAGAAUGACUCUGCUUUCGGGAGCCUCAGGAGCGGUGGGAUAUCAUAGUCAGAUGCGAGCGAAGCGGAUCAGUUGGCGGCGAUUGGUGGCACUACUGCCGCAGUCCAUAGAGGUACCAUUAAAAUCGGAGACCCCGAAUUUGGGGGCCCUCCACCAGGUGCAGCGACGUCUUCAGGAGGAUUUUCUGGGCUGCGAGGCUCUGUGGACCAUUUUCGUGGCCGCCGCCUGGAGUUAUCGCUACAGAACGAGGCUGAGACCCCUGCCCAGCCACUGGGAUACCAUAGACCUACUCUGCGAUACCCUUAGUGAUGCCCCCAGACUGGAGGUCCUGCGGGAGCAGCUCUUACACUGCGAUUACCAGGCCUGCUCCCCCAAUGUGGUUCGUUUGCUGACGGACAUUUUGGUGGAUCAGGCCGAUCGCGUGUCCCUGAGCUCCCUGCGACCCUGUGAAUUCGAGCAGCUGUAUGCCCAUUUGGGUAUGCCCGCCCCGCAUCGUCCACCCACCCAGAUCUUCGAGGUGCGAACGAAGUCGGAGGCAUACGCCCGUUUGAGGCAGGAAAAUAGAUCAUCCGUUCGCCUGGGUUUCUAUGGCUGCAAGCUGGAGAAGCUGUACGCCCUGCUCAACGCCAAUUCCCUGACCCAUGGAAGGUGUCUGGAGCUGACGAGCGAUGUGAACGAAGCUCUGGCCAGAAGUAAACCCCAAGCUGGAUUAGGUGGGUCUCGGUGCGGAUCGAUACUCCGCUGCGUGGCUGUGGUGGAGUUCGUAUUCCAGGACAACGAAACCAGCGGCGAUAAGAGGCAUGUGAUCAUCAGGGAUGCGGACACCAUGCAGGUAUCCUAUCUGCUUCUCUAUGGCCAGAGUUGCCAUGAACAUGCCGCAGAGAGGCAGAAGCAGCUGGUUAUGCAACCGGCGAAGAAACUGCUCAAUUGGCUGGAAGGACAUCAGGAUGAAGCCAUUUCCUUGGGAGUUGGCCUGCUGAUCGCUUCCACGAUGGCCCAUUUCGGCUGCACUUUCUUUCGCCUCUUUGCCCGAACUGGCUUGCACGUCCUCAAGCGAGGACUGCUGUGAAAAUUGAUAAUCGAAUCGUAAACUUU